ACAUCAUCGAGAUUUCCGAUUUCAUUGAAAAAAAGGAAAAACAAACAAACUUUACUUCACUAAGAAUGCAAAUUCUAGCCAUAUUAUCCCUUGCACUCACUCUUGUUCAGGGUUAUAACAUUCAUCAGCUGGAAGUGGAAAAAGGCUCUUCACCUUUGCAACUUGACUUCAAAGUGCUGAAGAAAGUCGGCAACAUUUCUGCCAAAGAAUUUUGGGCGAAAAACAAACUCGUAAAGGGCAAGAGAGAUGCCUUCGCUGAGACAAUAUACAACUAUCAGGAUUUGAGUUAUCAAAUCAAUGUGUUUUUGGGAACAAACAGGAAGCAGAAUCAGGUCGUUAUUGACACUGGGUCGGCAGAUCUCUGGAUUCCCAGCAGUGGCUAUGAUCCUGCAGCAUCCAACUCCUCAAUAAAGACAGGAUAUCCGUUUUCAGUCAGCUACUUGAGUGGAAUCACUGCAGAAGGCGAGUUCUACCUAGAUAGUUUAUCCUUUGGGCCUGAAAGCCCUGCUCUUUCGAAUUUCCAAUUCGCCCAGGCAACUGCAGAUGGCCCCGGAAUCUUGGGAGUUGCCGAUAAAAAUCAAGAAGCAUCCCCUUGUAUUUAUGACAAUCUUCCUUGGGCUUUAAAGGAGGCUGGGAUCACAAACAAAGCAUCAUACUCGUUGUUCUUGGGUGCCAGUGGAGAAUCAGGGACCUUGAUUUUUGGUGGAAUCGAUACAGAAAAAUAUACGGGUGAGUUGAUUCUGUAUCCUAUUGACCAGAGUACGGGAAGGAUGGCGUUAGAAAUCAAAUCAAUCACUUUUGAUGGUGUUGAAAUUUCCGUAAAUGAACCUGCCCUUAUAGACUCAGGCACGUCGUUGGGGCUUCUCAACCAGGAACUCAUGAGUGAGUUAGACAUUCUUUUCAACACCACUGUUGUUGAAGAAAAUGGCCUUGGAUACCGAUUCGUGAGCUGUGACCAGCCAGCGGACAAAACGCUUGAUUUCAAUUUCGGUUCAAACAUGAUAUCUAUCCCAUAUGCCGAGGCAAUUGUUUCUCAGGAAGAGGGAGUUUGUAUGUUAGGAUUUGCAUAUUACGGCGGCUACACAAUUUUGGGCGAUGUUUUCUUGAGAAAAGCUUAUGCAUAUUUCGAUCUUUCUGAAAAAACAAUCUCUCUUGCGCAGGCCUCGUAUUCGAGCUCUUCGAACAUAAUAAGCGCUUAGGUCGAAAGAACUACAAGAAUCGAGAAACCAUUGGCUCCGCUUCACCCAAACACGAACAUAUUUUUGGAAGCGCUAUCUUAUAAUGUACUUUGAUCAAUAUUUUUCAUAGCGCAUUAGCACUAAGCGGGAGAAUGAUUAAAGGCAAAGAGAGGCUUGAAAAUUU